AUGUCGCCCACUGCGCAACCCCCCCAGUCGGUCUCCGAACUUCGCGCGAAUGCAUCAACAUCAGUCACCCCCGCCAAACCGCGCAGCUGUCUGGUCUGUCGCCAGCGCAAGGUGCGCUGCGAUAAACAGUCGCCUUGCUCCAACUGCCGUCGCGGUAAGAUCGCCUGCAUCUCGCCCUCCACCACCGACCAUCCCCCGAGAUGGGCUCGUCGCUUGAGAGAAUCGUCAUCAACUCACCCGAUCGCUGCGACGGUUGCGAGAGACAAUACUAUGGGGGUAGAUCAGCUGAUGGAUAGGGUGAACACACUGGAGAGCCUGGUCCAAGAGCUGAAGCACCAGUUGGGACAGCCCUUGUCCCCCGAGUCCUCUGAUAAGGCCAGCGUGUCUGGCAGCCACUCACCCGGCAGCUCAACUCGCGAGGACCAUGCGAGUGAAUCCUCUUCCAAGGCGGGCACCAAUAACGUCCACACCCAGCUCGGACGGCUGGUCCUGCAGGAUGAGAGUCACAGCCGCUAUGUGAGCAGCAGCUUCUGGUCCCGUGUUGACGACGAGCUUAAUGGGCUAAGAAUGGCCACCAACACCUUAUUAGACGACGACUCCGACAGCCCAGACCACCAAUCCCCCGGCCAACGACCGUCAGUUUCCCAAUCAGAACGGACGGCAGCAGAACGCCAUGCAUUCAUUUUCGGACUGGAUCUGAAUUCCGCCAAUCCAGAUCUCCGCGAGCUUCACCCCUUGCCAUCACAGGUGCCCUUCCUGCUGGAGACCUUUGCGGAGAAUGUCAACUAUUUCUUAGGGAUUGUGCAUAUGCCUACCGUUGCGAAUGUGGCCCGCGAUUGGCGCAAAAGUGGCAUGAAGUCUCUCUCGCCCUCCAAUGAGGCCCUACUCUUUGCAAUCUACUAUGCCACAAUAGCCUCGAUGGAAGACGAGGAUGUUAUGACCAAUUUUGGCGCCUCCAAGUACGAACUGAAUCUCAAAUAUCGUCGAGGGCUGGAGCAGGCUCUUGCUAAAUCCGAUUUUCUGAAUGCUCCCGACAUCGUCCUUGUGCAAGCAUUCACCAUCUUCCUCUAUCUCUCCCGUCGAUACGAUAGCCCUAGGUACAUAUGGAUGAUGACCGGGUUUGUGAUUCGGAUGGCUCAUUACCUGGGUCUGCAUCGCGACGGCGCUCACUUUGACCGCUUCACCCCGUAUGAAGUUGAGCUGCGCCGCAGGGCGUGGUGGGGGGUGUGCCUGUUGGAUAUACGAGCCUCCGAAGAUCAAGGGACAGAUCUAACUAUCAUGCAAGGGAGCUUCGACACGAAACUCCCCCUCAACAUCAAUGACUGUGACAUCAACCCCGACACCAAAGAGACUCCUCGCGAGCGCAACGGCUUGACAGACCUGUCCGUUCCCCGACUCUCGGCACACAUGACUAAUAUCAUGCGAGACAUGAUGAGCCGUGGGGUUGCGGAAGGGGUCGAGGGCAUGCAGGAGCAAAGCCGCUCGGUGGACGAGAUCUAUCGCAAGCUCGACGAAGAGUACCUGCAACACACGGCUGGGUCUACCAGUGUCGUAUCCUGGGUCGCCGUUAACCUGAUCCGCAUGGUGAUGGCCAAGAUGACGCUGAUUGUCUUCCUGCCUGUCCUUUUCUCUUCUCCCAGCGAGGAGCUGACAGAAGCGAUCAGAACCAAGCUGCUGUGUGCGGCUAUUGAAGUGGCAGAGUACAACCAUGCGCUCAACGCGGAAAAUUCCGGUCGCCACCUGCGCUGGCUAUAUCAAACGUGCACACACUGGCAUGCAAUCGUGUACCUGUUAAUCGAGAUCUCGCGCCGUCCGUGGUCACCGUUCGUCGAACGGGCGUGGACCGCCCUGAACAGCAGCUGGUUGAUUCCUGCGCCGUCGCCGGCCGUCGGAAGACGGGGCAUUUGGGUUCCUCUCCGGAAGCUGAUGGAAAAAGCGCGACGGCAUCGUGACGCUGAGCUCACUCGACUGCGGUGCGAUCAGGAGGCUGUUGCCAAACUUGAAGUCGAGGCCCAGAAUGCUCCUACGCCAUCCAGCCCUGGACUCCUAGGCGCAGGACCCGUCAGCGAGGCUUACCGUCAGCGGUGGCGCCAGCUGGUUACUACAUCAGUGGCGGACAACUCUUUGCCUGCGCUGGCUACCAUCAAUGAGGCGAUACCAUCUACCGAUGCCGCAAUUGCUGUCAAUUACGCUAGUUCAGGAUUGAGGAUGCCGGAUACGCACGGUGCCGCUCCUAUGGGGCCCACGCCUGAUCAUUUGUACGGCGUGUCCGCUGCGGCUACGAAUCCUGCUGUCAAUCUUGCCUCCGUCCCUUGGACGUCAUCAGACGACAUAAUCCAGACUUUGGAUAUGGGUUUUGUGGAUGCUAGCAUGGAUGUCGAUAGCGAUAUGGACUGGCACAACUGGAUCGAGUCGGCGAAGGGUAUGGAAUCGGCUGCAGAAGAUGGUCUUUCCUCAUGGUGUACAGUUCGUGAUUAA